GCAGAGGCCUGUGGAGACAUUGUGAACAUCUCUCUGGAAUUAAGUAACUUCUUCAAAGGGGGACAGAACUCAGAUCUAGACAGCAUGAGAGAGCAAGUUUACAAUGAAUUGUUCCUUCCCUCUGACACCACUCUCUACGUUGAUGGGAAUACCAAACCUACCACGGAAAUAAUUCAUUGAUAUUUGUUUUUCUCACCUAGAUCUCUGUAUUGGUUUAUCAUCUGUAUUUCAUCUUCUUUUUUCUUCUUUAUGAUUUACAGGGAUACUUAGGUAAACUCCAUCUCAUAGAAAGGCUUCCAACAUCAUGGUCAAGCUUGCGUGCCUCUGCAUUCUUUCCACCCUGCUGGGCACAUCUGCCUAUAAUCCAGACCAUAUAGCUGGUGCCACUCCCCCCUACUUGGUCUACCUGAAGUCUGAUUACUUGCCCUGCACUGGAGUCCUGAUUCAUCCUCUUUGGGUGAUCACAGCUGCGCACUGCAAUUUACCGCAUCUUCAAGUGAUUCUUGGGGUCACGAAUCCAGCAGACGCUACUGAAAAGAACGUCACGGUGACUGGUUACGAGAAAAUGAUCCAUCACCCAUACUUUUCCAUCUCUUCUAUUUCGUAUGACCUCAUGUUAAUCAAGCUGAAAACACUGAUCGAACCCAGGAACUAUAUAAAAACGGUCAAACUUCCCCAAUACGUCAUCCCCGAGAAUACCAUGUGUUCUGUCUCGACCUGGGCCUACAAUCUGUGUGACACCACCAAGGAUCCUGACUCACUGCAGACUGUGAACAUCUCUGUGAUCACCAACGCUGAGUGUCAUAAUGCCUAUAAAGCCUAUGACAUCAAAGAAAACAUGAUUUGUGUGGGCAUUGUGCCAGGACGAAGGCUACCCUGCAAGGAAGUUUCGGCUGCCCCAGCAGUCUGCAACGGUGUGCUUUAUGGAAUCCUGUCCUAUGCAGACGGCUGUGUUCUGAGGGCUGAUGUUGGCAUCUAUGCUAGCAUCUUUCACUACAUGCCCUGGAUUGAAGAUACCAUAAAAAAUAACUGAGCUCACUCAACAGGAAGAAUUCAGAACCUUGUGAUAAAACUUGUGCCCACACACAUCCAAUCUCACAAUUAAAACCUGGGCUCGUUGGCCCGUGAUAAGCA